UACCGCAAUGGAAACUCGGCUUAGAACGUCUAGUAAAUAUUGGAGUAUGGGGCAGUGCCCGGAUUAAAGAUGGCGGAUGUUUAUUAGAAAAACAUGGAACGCAAAGGACCAAUCGCAAAUGGGGGCGUUGCUAUGUCAGCCAAUCAGCUUUAUCCAGCCUUGGUCUGUCAAAGUGACGAUAUCCCUCUAUAUGUAAAUCCAGGGAGAAAGCGUCCAAAGUGCGGAGGAUCCGAUCCAGGGAGGAGGGAGGGAGAGACCCCCGGCCGCUGCCAUUACACUGUGCCCGCUCUUAGAAGUGGAUGGACCAUGAAGGUGAAGGUCAUUUCCGUCUUGGACGAUAACUACAUGUAUCUUGUUAUAGAGGAGCGGACCAGGAACGCCAUCGCCGUGGACGCAUCUGUGGCUAAAAAGCUUAUGGACAUUGUGCGGAAAGAGAAUGUGAACCUGAAAGCCAUCCUGACCACACAUCAUCACCUGGACCAUUCCCGGGGAAACGCAGACCUGGUACAGCAAUUUCCUGAGCUGCCUGUGUAUGGCAAAGAUGAGCGGAUCGGAGGAUUAACCCAUAGAGUUGUUCACAACCAAAUCUUAAAGUUCGGGGAUAUCCAUGUCAGAUGCCUCUUCACUCCGUGUCACACCUCUGGUCACGUCUGCUUCUACAUGUGGGAGGAUGGGUGCCCCGAUGCCCCGGCUCUGUUUUCAGGUGACACCUUGUUUGUUGGAGGCUGUGGACAGUUCUUUGAAGGGACAGCUGAACAAAUGUACAAAAACUUGAUAGAAACUCUGGGAUCACUGCCCCCCGAGACGAAAGUGUUUUGUGGACAUGAAUUCACCGUGAGGAACCUGAAAUUUGCCCUGAAGGUGGAACCAGACAAUGAGCAUGUGAAAGAGAAACUGGCCUGGGCCAAGGCUCGAGAUGAUGAUGACAUUCCCACCGUCCCCUCAAGCCUGGAGGAAGAAUUUCUAUAUAACCCCUUCAUGAGAGUAAGGGAAGAAGCUGUUCAGAAGUUCACAGGGAAAACAGACCCGGUUGACGUCACGAGAGUUUUACGGAAAGAAAAGGAUGAAUUCAAGAAGCCAAAAAAUCGACUGCCAAUCCCGGCGCUCCUGGCCUAUCAGUGGGGUCUCCUGAACCAGUCGUCAGAUCAAGAAUAGACACCCUCAUGCUAACAGUGUGUCCUGGACAAAGGAAUAGGGGGUUACACCUCCCAUAUUAUAAACAUCACAGCCUUAUGUGAAGUAUAAUUAAAGGGGUAUUCCAGGAAAAAAAACUUUAUAUAUAUAUAU